AUGACCGGAAUAUCCAACGCAGAUCAACGCCCUACCCGGCCCAACAAGUCCCAGAACGAAGAGGCACCCUCAAUGGAAUCACUCAAAAGUCUCGAGGAGUUCGAAUCUUUCUCCACAAAACACCUAAGCAAAAGGGCUUGGUCCUUCAACUAUGCAGGCGCUGGAGACCUGAUCUCCAAAAGGUUGGACCAAGAGGUCUACCGCUCAAUCCUCCUCCGGCCACGCGUGCUCGUCAACGUCAAAGAAUGCGACCUGUCAACAACAAUCAUCGGCCAGAAAGUCGGGCUACCUAUUUUCGUAUCGCCGAUGGCAAUGGCCCGGUUAGCGCACCCAGCAGGCGAGGCUGGCAUUUCAGCCGCAUGUGGAGUGCUUGGUGCCAUGCAUAUGAUCUCGAAUAAUGCGUCGAUGACUCCCGAGGAGGUUGUCGCGGCAGCCACGCCUGAGCAGGUCUUUGGGUUCCAACUUUAUGUCCAGACAGAUCGCACUGAGAGUGAGGCUGUCCUGGCGAGGAUCAAUAAGAUACCCGCGAUUCAGAGCAUUAUCCUCACCGUCGACGAGCCCAUCCCAGUGAAGCACGAGCUCGGACCGAGAGGAUUCGAACUGUACAACGAUGCGCAGAUCGAGGUCGCAAGUCAACAAAGGGAGGCAUCCCCACCAAGCACAGAAGUUAGAGUGGCUAUCCCAUCAGUCUCCGGAGCGGCUGCUGAUGCCGAAUGGGAGAGUACGCUACAAUGGAUCGCGAAACACACCUCGCUACCGAUAAUCAUAAAAGGAAUUCAGACUUACGAGGAUGCUCAAGUCGCUGCGACAUAUCCUCAAGUAAAAGGCAUUGUCCUGUCGAACCACGGGGGACGUGUCAUUGAUACUGCGCCGCCAGCUAUUCACACCCUACUCGAAAUUCGCAAAUACUGCCCAGAGCUUCUGGAGAAGUUGGACAUUAUGGUCGAUGGGGGUAUUCGACGCGGGACAGAUGUUGUAAAAGCGUUGUGCCUGGGUGCGAGGGCAGUGGGCAUUGGGCGACCAGUGUUCUGGGGCCUUGGUGCCGGAGGUGUAGCUGGGGUUGAGAAGAUGCUUCAGAUUUUAGCAGAGGAGACGAGGACCUGCAUGGGCCUGUUAGGUGUGCGGAGAGUCGCGGAUCUGGGAAUGCGCCAUGUUAAUGCGAAGAUUGUGGAGCAGCAGAUUUAUCAAGGGGACUCGCUUAUCGGAUACGCGCUUGCGAAAUGGGGCGAUUAUCCCGCGUUGAUAGACGGAGAGUCAGGCCAGGAGAUUCCUGGCUACACAAACAUCGCGCAGACCGAAGAAGCCCAGACGCUUGCGUAUGAUGAGACAAAUGGCUACAAGGAAGAGCCUGUCGAAGCGUCAAGAAAAGACUUUUAUGUAUGCCGGGGAUGUAAAUGCUUUGUAACAACAGAGAUUCGACCAAAAACUGUGGCUGCAUCAAACAAAUGGGAGAUUAUUGUGAUCUGGCGGCGGGCUGUCAUUUGA